AAAAGGAAAAAAAAGAAAAAAAAAAGGAAAAUAUCUUAUCUCAUCUCCCUCCUCCCGGCCAUCAGAGAUCCUGAGAAGCGUCGACAGCCAGGAGGAGCUCGCGGCUCCAGCCUCUCCUCUCCACCUCCACGUGACCUCUCCGGCGCCGGCUCAUGUCUCUCCUCGCCUCGCCCACGCCGUUCGGCGCGGCCGUCCGCCGCCGCGCCCCGGCUGCGUCCGCCGCCGGGCUCAUCCCCCUGGGCGGCCGCGCCGCGCUGCACGUGGCGCUCGCGCGCAGGGGCGGCGUCUCGUCCCGCACGCAGCGGCGCCUCGAGGAGCGCGGCAAGAAGCGCCGUGGGGGCGCCAGCGUCACCGCGCCCGCGCCGCCCGACAUGGACGAGGAAGCCGCCGGUGGCGGGGUGGACUGGGAAGGGGAGCCGCUGGGGUUCGAGGUGUCGACGACGCCGAUGCCCGAGCUGCCGGACCCGGAGAAGCCCGACUUCUGGGAGGGGUCCCAGUGGGACGCCCUCGGCUUCUUCGUGCAGUACAUGUGGGCAUUCGGCGUCUUCUUCGGCCUGGUUGCCUGCGGGUUUGCUGUGGCUACGUACAAUGAAGGGGCAACAGACUUCAGAGAAACUCCUUCUUACAAGGAAUCAGUCCAAACGCAGGAGUUCCCAGAAGAGUCAGAAUCAUCAGGCUCCGAUGUGUUUGAAGGUAACCCAACUGAGGUAGCACCGGCUCUGGAGUAGGAGGUUGAGAAGGCGUCGCAAAGGAAACUGAAGGCUGGCUACUGGAGCUAUAAGAUUGUGCAGGAGUCAGCAAGACAUGUACACGACCGUACAAGAACAAGGUUCACUCAAUUGGAACGGGGUAGUUUUAUGAUAAUUAGCUGGAAAUUACUGUGUACUAAAAAUUUCCCUUGAUUAUCCUAUGUUGGAAAUCAGAAAACACGGAUAUAGAUCAUAGCGGUGAUGAAAUUCAGCAGUGAUAUUUAUUCA